AUGGUUGACCGCAAGGCCGUAAUCAAGAACGCUGACAUGUCCGACGACAUGCAACAAGACGCCAUCGACUGCGCCACCCAAGCCCUUGAGAAGUAUAACAUCGAGAAAGAUAUUGCUGCUUACAUCAAGAAGGAGUUCGACAAGAAGUACAACCCAACCUGGCAUUGCAUUGUCGGAAGAAACUUCGGAAGCUACGUGACCCACGAGACGAAGCACUUCAUUUACUUCUAUCUCGGACAAGUCGCCAUCCUCCUCUUCAAGUCCGGAUAA